GGUGGAGGAGGAGGAGGAGGAGGAGGAGGUGGUGAAGAGGAGUAAGAGGAGAAGGAUCAUGGAGGAGAAUGGAUCGAGAUUGUGAUGUUACUCGCGAGGGAAUAUACCUUUAGAAAUAAAAACGGAGAAGGCGGCAAAGGAAAUAGGUCUAAUACAUUACUCUGGAGAAGAUUGGAUGAAACGAUUCGACGAAGGGAUCGUGCGAACAUUGUAACGAGUAUUAAAUCGAUUAAAUGCCACUCUCGCGUACGAACGAAGACCGAUCGAGUCGCGUAUCACUCAAUUAUCGCUGUGUCUUGCAUGAGUGAACGAUGAAGGAAGGCGAGAAUGUUUAAAUCUUAAGAUUACGUACUACGUAAGUUAGAAAAUAUAGAUAAGAAGAAAAAGGGGGAGAAAAAACAGUUUGGGCGAUAUCGGAGAGGACAUCGAGGAUCGGCAGUGAAAUAAAAAGAAGGAAGAUAAGAGAAAAGUAUCUUAGGUGGGUUUUAUGAAAAGGCGAAAAAUGCGAUAGAGAUCGGUGAAUCGUCGAUGAAGCAUCAUCAUGUGCUCGAGCGUAAGAGCUUGGAGGUGGAGGGGAGCUCUCUUGGGCACGAUGAUGCUCGCUUGGACUUGUAUCGUCGAGGGCUGUCCGAGUAUGUGUAACUGCAAGUGGAAGGGUGGGAAGGAGUGGGUAGAGUGUGCAAAUCGAGAUCUGAAGGGACUACCACAGGGUGCCAGAGAGGAGACUCAGGUGUUGGAUCUGUCGGGCAAUCACCUGGUCAGUUUACCACCGGAAUGCUUUCACGCUUUGGGACUGAUCAAUCUUCAGCGACUCUAUCUCGGUAGAUCGCACAUAAGUAGAAUAGCUGUGAGAGCGUUCGAAGGGUUGGUCGGCCUGGUCGAGUUGGAUCUGACGGAAAAUCUGAUCGACGAGAUACCAACGGAAAGCUUUUCGUCUUGCCCGAAUCUCAUGAGGCUGACGUUGAACGGUAAUCCUAUAGAAGAGAUCAAAAGGGGCGCCUUUCAUCGUCUGGUGCAUCUGACGAAUCUGGAGCUGAGCCAGUGCAGACUCGAGAUCAUCGAAGAAGGUGCCUUCGAUGGUUUGCGUUCCCUCGAAUGGUUACGUCUGGAUGGUAAUCGAUUGACGUACAUGCCAAAUCAUACCUUACCACUCGGCGGUUACCUUCGAGGAUUGACAUUACAUAAUAAUCCUUGGUUGUGCGACUGCGGCUUGAGAAUUCUGCAAGCUUGGCUGAAGGAAUCGGCACCGGCAGCUCCUCAGGAAUCCGAACCGACUUGCGACAUGCCAGCUCGAUUACGGGACAGACAGAUAAAAACGAUAAAGGACAACGAGCUGGCGUGCCUACCGCGAAUCGAGUUGCAGGAACGUGUCGACGUAUACGAGGGUAGCAACGUGACGUUCCAAUGCAACGUCCAUGCAGUACCGGCUGCUACGAUCAGCUGGUGGUUCAACGGAGACCUCUGCGAGCUUCAGAAUGAGAAUGACUCCUCGACGAUGAACUUGUUGACUUUUCCAAGAUACAUCUAUAAGCAACGUGGCUCGAUCAACAUGUCGAGCACUCUGUACGUAUACUCGGUGGAGGCUAACAACGAUGGCGUGUAUAGUUGCGUCGCGGAGAAUACCGCUGGUACCACUGGAGCAAACGUCACUCUGAAGGUUUUGUUCCGUGAAAAGGUAACCGCGGAACCUCCAUCGGACGAUCCUGGUUCCGGUUACGUAGCAGCGAUAGCCGCUGGCGCGCUGGUAGGCACUCUCUUCGUUCUCGGCUGCCUGGUCGGUAGUAUUGUGUUUUGCGUGCGGAAACGUCGACGCGAUCGGAAGAGGAAUUCCAAGGCGUUGGUCUCGCAGAACAAAUCGGUGAUGCCUAUCACGAAGGAUACAACGACGAGUCUGCCAAGUUGUAGAAAGGGUAAUGGAAGUUUGGUCGGUUUCGAGCAUCAACAGAUCGUCUCUUACACAGAACGCGAAAUUGGCAGAGCUGCGACCUUGGAACGAAGAGAACAACGUGGUAAUUUGGAAGAGUCCUACGGUAGUCCGGUAUCGAAGUAUCUCACAGAGCCGGACUUGAUAAACGAAGUUCCUGAAACCACGGACGUGACCUAUGGCCAGUUAUACCGUCAUCAGACAAACGAGAGGCACGUACUCGAGUACGACUCUGGUUACCCGAUACAACCACCGGACUUACGUCCAUCGAAUAUACCGCAACUGAAUUACUUGGAUCAAGAUGGAUAUCCAUUGAACUUUGGCCUGCCAAAGAUCUCGUUCAAUACCGCGAGUACCCUUCCUCGUUUAAGGACAAGAAUGGCAGAGGGUUCAGCCGUCGCACCACCGGCUAGAUACUCGAGAGAAGCCGAGUUCUUAGCUAGAUCAACGGCAGGUUAUGAUCCAGUUUUACCUAGGACCGAUGCUAGAUACACCGCCGAAGGUUAUCCUUACCCUGCUCAUCAACCAGUCGAACAACCGAUCCAGCAACAGCUUCAACAACCCGUCGUCUCACCCGUUAUCUCGCCAGCCUCAGUUUUUCCAGAGGUUCCCUUCAUACCUUCACCACCUGCUGCUUACAGAGGCGAAACUACACCGCUAUCACCGAGAUCUUUACUCGGCAAGACUGCGCGCGAAGCAGCCGCUGCUGCUGCUGCCAGGGCGGACGAACUUCAACCCCCUCAUCAUCCGGAAAGUCCGGACGAAGGUUACGUCGGCGAUGCCAUGGACGUCUGAAAAUUAUCACGCAUUUCAUCGUGCUCAACUGAUCGAUACGAAAAACGGUAAAGACGGUGGGAUCGAUUACCAUUUCGUUCAGAUGACCAAAUCUUUCGUUCCAAAGGUUCCGCUACUCUGUGCUUCCAUCGUCAAUAAUUCUUUUUCUUUUCUUUGUUUUCUUUCGAUUCUAAACGAUGAAUAAAAGUGUCGAAAAGGGAAAUGUAAAAAAAAAAGAAAGAAAGAGAGGAAAAGGAACGAUGAUCGAUCGAUUCGAAAGAAUAGCCAUUCGAAGUAUUAAUAAUCGUUUCUAUCGUUGGACCAUUUAAACUCACUGAUCGACAUCGAAAUAACCGAAGAUCGAGCUAUGGAUUUAUGUGUUCGAUUUAAAGACAUUUCAUCCACACAUAUCGCGUGGUAAAUUUGUGGGGGUAACAUCGUAUUACUUCGCACGCUCACAGCCCUAUCAUCCAUCGUCUUUCUAUAUCCUUCGAAGUGGGUCGACGUCGUCGUUGACAUAGUCGUUCUCGGCCAUCGAAAUGGGCGUUAAGACGACAUCGAGUCGAAGGAAGCAUAGAGGAAGCUCGAACAAAGGAGGAAUCCCACUGUCGGUACCGGUCCUACGAAAUUAAUCAGCUAGGAGAGAGAAUAUCUGGAAUUCUCGGACGACGACGACGACAUGUCUCUCUCUCUCUCUCUCUCCCUCCCUCUCUCUCUCU